GACAACUGCUCCUUCUCCCAUCAAGACCCGGCAAACAACAAGUCACGCACACAAGCUUGCCAAUUCUUUCGCCUUCUCGCGUCAAUUGUUACUUUAGAGUGCUAGAUCAAAAUUCCUGUCCUCUAAGAUGAUGCUGACAUUGAAGAACCAGGUUUUGGCUGCCCGCGCGGGCAAGCGCACUGCUUGCGCGCCGGCUGGACUGCCUCGCAGCUCUGGCGCGACCCAGGCACUGGUGGCUGCUGUGGGUGCCCCUGCCCUUGCUGCCCCCACUGCUACGCCCUGCGCUCGCCGCUCCGUGGAUGUGAGCCGCGGUGCGCUGCAGGUCUGUGCUGCUGCUGGAAAGGAGAAGGAUGUCAAGGUCGAAGUGUCAGUGGCGGUCGAGGAGCUUGGCACCUGCAGCCGUUCGGCCAUCAUCACUGUGCCAGCGUCCACUGUGAAGGACAUCUUCAAGCGUGGUGUCAAGCGCAUUGAGCGUGAUGUGGUUGGGCAGCUGAAGGGUUGGCAGGCGGGCAAGCCCCUGCCGCUGUCCAUGGUCAUCCAGCAGGUUGGUGGCCAGAACAAGUUCAAGACGUUCUGCCUGGAGGAGCUGCUGCUAGAGGCGCUGCCCAAGGGCAUCGAGUCUGCCCGUAAUGGACGUGCAGUAGACCCUGCCAGUGUUACGGUGCCCCCUGAGGACUUUCCCUCUAUGCUGGAGCGCUACGACCCUGCUAAGGAGUUCUUCUUCCGUGCUAUGUUUGAUGUGGCGCCACCAGUGGUGUGGCGCACGCCCCUGGAGGAGCUGGAGGUGACCAUCAGGGACACUGGUGACUUCUCCACGGAUGCUGCUGCUGCUGACGACCUGAUCCGCCAGUACCGCAAGCAGCAUGGCUUUAGCCGUGUAGUGGCGGGUCGCGGGCUGCAGCUGGGCGACACACUGGUCAUUGACCUGGAGAUCACUUCAAAGGCCACUGGCCAGGCACUGCCCGGCCUCACCCAUAAGCGCUUCUCCUUUGACACCGAGGCUGAUGUGCUGGGCAUCACCAGCGGCAUGCUGGGCAUGAAGGCGGGUGAGAGCCGCACCUUUAACAUGUCCAUGCCUGAGGACUACGAUGUCGAGUUCUGGCAGUCUAUGCCGGUCAAGGUUGCAGCGAAGGUACAUGAGAUCUUCGAGUGGACCCUGCCUGAGUUCAACGAUGAGUACGUGGCCAAGCAGCACGAGGGCAAGUGGGGCAGCGCCAAGGAGAUGCGCGAGGCGCUGAUUGCCUCCACCGCCAUGCAGCGUGUCACUGAGCUGGACAAGGCGCUGGAGGAUGCAGUGGUCAAGGCUGUUGCUGAUGCGCUGGACAUGCCCGAGGUGCCGCCCCGCAUGGUGGAGCAGCUGGGCGAGCGCCAGUUCCAGGCGCAGCUGCUGCAGAUGAUUGAGGACCGCAUUGGCUCCCGGGAGGAUGUGGAGAAGCUGGCCACGGAGGAGAUGGCAGCGGAGUUCAUCCGGGAGCGCAAGAAGGACCUGGAGGACCAGGUCAAGUUCAACCUGGCUGUGGACGAUAUCUGGGUGCGCAAGGGCCUGGUUCUGGAGGACGAGGCGGUGGAGGCGGAGUUUUCGCUACGGGCGCGGCAAAUGGAGGCUGUGGGCCAGCCGUUUGACCGUGAGGACAUGCUGGAUGACGUGCGGGAGACUGUCAAGUCCGUGACCGUCAUCGAGUGGCUCAAAGACAACGUCAAGCGCCACGUCCUGCCCUACACGGCGGCAGAUGACAAGGCCGCUAAGGCCAAGGGGGAACCCGUGGCGGUGUAAGGGGGAAGCCAAGAGGCAGGUGCUUCUGGGAAGGGUUUAAUAAGGGCCAGGGACAUUGGGCACGCUAAAAGAUUGGUGUGCAGCACUGUGUGUGUUGACUGAUUGCAAGUGUGAUUUUGUGCGUUGGUGUGACAUGUAGGGUGAGUGUGGGUGUGGCGCGACCGUGACACUAGUAUGGGUUUGACACGGAACAGGCAAAAUACACAGCUGUGUUGGAUGUGCUCAGGGCACAGAGCACAGGUGGCAGCUUUCAGGCAAGAAUGCGUUAAGCUAGAGCCUUGCAUGAAGGAUGGAUGAGCACCACUGACUCAAAUGGAUGCACACUGAGUGCGUGGGCUAUGGGGCUGCAGUGCAUUCAAUCUGGAACAAUUGGUGCUUUGUCCACGAGUGACAAUUGAGGUAUAACCUCGCGUUAACUACCUACCCAUGACUGCAUGACGGCCCUGUCAUAAGCGGGGCUGGCGGGCCGGGCGCCUGCACAGUCCUUUUCCAGUCGCUUUUAAGCCAGCCGCAGC